AAGGACUCCAGCUCGUCCAAGAAUAAAGACUCAAAAUCAGCUCCCAGUUCCGCCUCCUCUUCCACCUCCUCGCUCCAUGCCGCCCCCCCUCCCAACACCUCAAAGCCUCUCCCCCAGCCAGGUCCCUCCGCCGUCGCAAGCCUAUCCAAUCUCUCCAAUAAUAACAACAGCAAUCACUCCCUCCCGUCCCUGCAGAACACCGCUUCUUCUGUCCGCUCCGUUUCGCCCGCCAACUCGUCCGCAGCCAGCUCAGAUCGCAAGUAUCUCUACAACGACAAGACCCAGCCCGCACCGCCCAUCGUCGUCGUCAGCGCCGAGGCCCCAAACGAGCCCGCCCCCCGCCCGGGCUAUGCCUCUCCCGAGAGGAUGAACCUCGGUCUCGAGCCCGGCGGCUCUGCCACCCCUCCCCGCGCGAGCACCCUCAACCGCCUUCGUUCGGGCCCAAAGGACACCAUCCCCAUCGUCGGCAAGCCCCCCCGAAAGCAGAGGAGCAGCCGCUUUGUUGUCACCGAGAAAGUGGAGAUCGAGCGCCUUCCCCCGUUCAUGGAAACUCCCCCGAACGAACGUCCGCAGCUUUUCCUCAAGAAGCUCCACCAGUGCCACGUGCUCUUCGACUUCAACGAUGCCAGUUCAGAGCUCAGGGGAAAGCAGAUCAAGGCCCAGACGUUACACGAGAUGCUAGAGUACAUUACCACCCAGCGCGGUGUCAUCACCGAGAGCGUAUACCCAGAGGUCGUGAAAAUGUUCGCGACCAACCUUUUCCGUUCCAUACCCCCUCCUGUCAAUCCCACAGGCGAUGCCUUCGACCCCGAAGAGGACGAGCCGGUUCUCGAGCUGGCUUGGCCCCAUCUGAAGAUCGUGUACGAGUUUUUCCUCCGAUUCGUGGAGAGCCCCGAUUUCAAUACCAACCUCGCGAAACGAUACAUUGAUCAGACCUUCGUCCUCAAUCUCCUCGAGCUCUUCGAUUCGGAGGACCCGCGCGAGCGCGACUUUCUCAAAACGACGUUGCAUCGAAUCUAUGGCAAGUUCCUUAACCUCCGUGCCCCCAUCCGCCGGUCGAUCAACAACGUCUUCUAUCACUUCAUCUAUGAGACCGAACGACACAACGGCAUCGCGGAGUUACUAGAGAUCUUGGGGUCCAUCAUCAACGGCUUCGCUCUGCCGCUCAAGGAGGAGCACAAGGCCUUCCUCAUGCGCGUCCUCAUCCCCCUGCACAAGGUCAAGAGUCUGUCGAUGUAUCAUCCACAACUCGCCUACUGCGUCGUCCAGUUUUUGGAGAAGGACAGCGCCUUGGCCGAGGACGUCGUGUUGGGCCUGCUCAAGUACUGGCCGAAAGUGAACUCGCCGAAAGAGGUGAUGUUCCUCAGCGAGGUGGAAGAGAUACUGGACGUCAUCGACUUUGCCGAGUUCCAGAAGAUACAGAUGCCUCUGUUCCAGCAACUCGCGCGGUGCAUAAACAGCCAGCAUUUCCAGGUCGCAGAGCGCGCCCUGUAUUAUUGGAACAACGAGUACAUCGUCAAUUUGAUGACCGACAACAUGGCGGUGAUCUUGCCGAUCGUGUUCCCGGCCUUGUACCAGAAUUCCAAGUCGCAUUGGAAUCGGACAAUACACGGAAUGGUGUACAACGCGCUCAAGAUGUUCAUGGAGAUCAGCCCGGAACUGUUCGACGAGACGACGCACCACUACAAGCAGCAGAAAAUCGAGGAACAGCAACACGCCGUCGAACGGUACGAAGGGUGGAAAAGGCUCCGCGAGAAGGCCGCUCAAAACGCGAACGGCCAUCUACCAGAGAACUUUGACGAGGACGAACCGUCGCCGCCGCCACCGCUUCCGGUGGAGGAUUCAGACAUCAUGGAUCUGUCGAUGGAGUUGAACGCGGUGUCGAUCGAUGGGGAGGUCCCACACGAGCUUGAUGACAGUGGAAUUGAACGGGUCCCGAUGGCGGAUCCGGGACUGGAUCGACCGUUGCCAGAGGUUGGGGCCGAGUCACCUGUAACUCAAGGACCCCAUGUCCGCAGAAAAAGCGUCCUGCCAGUUGACCCUACAGUACUGCGCGACCUGCAAGCGCACAAAAGUCUGGAUGACCCUCCACACUGAGUGUCGAGCGCUGAGGCGCGGGACAUAAGAGGGGGCUCGACCCGGGCGGCGAGGCUCAUCGAGGUUUUAUUCACCAGCUGAUAUUGCAAAUCUUCAGACUUUUUCUCCCCCUUACGGCGCACGAUUUCUAUCCCGGCUUUUCUCCAUUUAUUUUGCAUCGCUCGCGCAUCGUCCUCUACACGAUGUCUCAGCUUUUCCUAUCCUGUCCGUCUUGUCCCAUGGAGUCGAUCUCUCUCAGAUGUAAACAGACAGCUGCGUCUCGUAUUCUUUGUGGUCCAGUCAAAGCUCCGUCCACUUCAUGUAUCGUAGAAAGCGUACAUUUCACGUACACCGUCAAUAUUCACAUACCUAGCCGAAUACCACCCUCCUUUGACCAGUUC